GGCGUCCCGGGCCCUCAUUCUUUCCUCGAGCGUCGCGCUGAGUGCACACUGCAGCCGUGCGCUAGUUUCGCCUGUUCCUCGACCGUUCCCCGCCCGUUCAGCAAGCAGCACAUCUCGCGUCGCAGUAUAGCAGCCACACAGCCGAGCGCACGGUUUUCCUUUACAGUGUCAACCCCCUCCCCCAUUUAGUGCGUGUGCCGGCAGUGCCAAUUAGUGACCGCCAUCGAAUUGUUGCAAUUGUGUGCCCGAUCUCGUUCGACUGAUCGAGACUCGCGUGUGUGAACCAGAGUGGUUUUUUUAUAGAGGAAAUCGUCAACGGGACAGUGUAUAAUUUUUAUCUGUGUUCCCUGUGCGACGAGGGAUCUACGCGAUAUAUAGACAGAACGGAGCCUGUUUCAACAACUGAGAAUCACGCGUGUUGAGCAGUAGCAGCAACAGCACACAUUCGGCGAAAGAUAAAGAAAGCUCGGAACGAGAGCUUGCGAGGCCAGCUAGCAGAGCUUGAACAAGAGACAGAAAAAAUGGGAGCGCGACAGAGCAGAAGGUCCGUUGACAUAACGACGACGCCGAAGAAGGAGGGUCUGCCAGCCGAAGGCGGCGUAGCGGCCGAGGGUGCCGAAAAGAUCGAGAAGCUCGGCGCGAUCGAAGAGGCGGCACCUGGUGCGGAUGCCAAGCCAACCUCCAACGGGGUUGCGCCUCACACCGACGCCGCCGAGGAUAAGGACAAAGACAAGGACGAGGCCACCGAGAAGGAUCAGGACAAGGAGAAGUCCGACGAGGCAGCGACUAAGGAGGACGCAAAGGAGGAGGUAAAGGCGGAAGAGGCGGCCGCAGCAGCAGCAGCAGCAGCAGCUCCAGCUCCAGCUCCAGCGGAAGCUGCGGCGACGCCCGAGGCCGGUUCGCCAACCGAGGCCACGACACCCACCGAUGUCGCCAGCGCCAACUCCACUCCCAGCACUACGCCGGACACCAAGGAGGCCAAAAAGAAGGAUAAGAGCAAGAAGAAGUGGUCGUUCAGGUCGAUCAGCUUCGGCAGGAAAGAUAAGAGCAAACCAGUGCGCGAGGGUACGCCGAAGAAUGGAGACGUCGCCAAGGAAGCACCAUUGGCCGAGGGUGGCGAGGAGGCCGAGGCCGCAGCGACAGCAGCAGCCACCCCCGAGAACAAGUCCGCCGUGAGCAGCCCCACGGAGGAGAAGCCCGAGGAGGCAGCCAAGCCCGCCGCCGAGGACGCAGCCGUAGCUCCAGCCAACGAGGAGCCGGCCAAGGAGGAGCCCAAGAAGGAAGAGGCCCCGGCCGCAGUCGCCGCCGCCGCCGCCGCCGCAGCAGCAGCAGCAGCAGCAGCAGCAGCCGUCGCCGAAAAGAAAAUCGAGGUCAGUGAGACAGCCGGCGCCGCGGACGAAAGCGCUCCCACUGAGUCGUCGUCUAUCACUGAGAGGAAAACCACUGAGGACGCUAUCCUCCCCACUGUUACCACCGAACUAUCCACUUCCGCCCCAAAGCCGCCCGCGCCCUCGAGUCCCCCGCCGACGCCGAUCGAUCCGUCGCCCCUGCAGCAGGCCCAACAGGUCGCGCCCACCGCCAGCGCACUCGCCGAGGCCCUCAAGCUGCCCGAGCAGCAACAGCAACAGAAAGAGGAACAGGCUCAGGUCGUUGCCGACGCCGCCGCCGCCGCCGCCGCCGCAGCGGCCAUCUCGGACGCUCUGGCGCCUAGCGAAGAGCCCGCGUGCGUAGAGCAAGAGAUCGUCGUCGUCGAGCGCGAAGCGGCCGAGUCGCAACCCGCCGCAGUCGAGUCAGAGCCCGAGGCCGCCUCGGCCGUGGAGGAGCAAGUCCAGCCGGAACGGGAAGAGGAAGAGAUUCCGCCGCCGUUGCCCGACUCGCCGGCACCGCUCGAGCAGACCUCCAGAAUCGCCAGUUUCGCCGCCACGACCAUGCAGGACGAGCUCACCGACAAACUCGACUCGCUCGACCUGCUGCCGCCGCCCUCGCCACAAGAGCUCACCAACGACGCUAGCGAGAUCGCCGACGAGGGCUCCGCCGAGUACCCGCUGCCCCCGCAGGAGGACCUCCUCAAGGAGGACGACGACGAGGAGCUAACCGCCCCCGUCGUCGUCGACGACGAGAUCGAUAUCGUCGAAGGCAGCGACAGCACGGCCACAGCGCCGACGACGACGACAACGACGACGACGACAACGACGACGACGACGAAAGAACAAGAAGAGGAAGAAGAAGAAGAGCUGGCGCAGCCGGUGCUCAACGGCUUCCAUCAUCACGGUGACGAGCAGGACGAGGAUGAACAGAGCGUCCAGGAACCCGAGGCCGCUGCCGUCGUUGCUAACAACAUGCCUAAAACCGAAGUGACGGAGAAUGGCAUCGCUGACGAUGCACCCAAGACCGCUCCUACCGCUUUGCCAGCUGAGACGAUCCAACCUGCUCCUGCCAUCACCGAGGACGUUGCUUCAGUGACCAAGGCUAUUGAAGAAAUUGACAUCAGCGAGAAAGCUGUAGCUGCAGCUGUUAAUGAAACUAUUGAGAGUGCUGGAGUGAAUGAAAUUGUCGCUGACGCAGUCCACGCAAACAACUUGAACGAAUAAGCGCCGCUAAUUGAAUUGCAUUUUGGGAAGAAGAAAGUUUUUUCUCUCGUUAAAACCAAAAAAGUAUAUUAUAUAGAUAUGUAUAUUUGGACCAUUCCUGCAACAAAACCGAAAAUGACGUUCUUUCGUUAUGAGCAGCAGCAAAAAAAUAAAUAAAUAAAAAUAUGAAGAGAUGACGAUGUCUACUAAAUGCAGAACGCGACAUCGCGAGAGCAUACAGACUUUUUAUAGUAGGCCUAUAUUAAUUAAUUAUAUUACGGCACUUGACAGCAAGCGAGUAGACGGGACAAGAGAAUUUUUUCAUGACUUCGGUCGAUUUAUUUUAAACGAGUUAUAUCAUUCAUACGAGCGCCAAAUUCAAAGGAAACAUAUAAAUGAAAAGCCCGUGAAAGCAGAUAAUAUAGCGUUCAAAGGAUAAACAUUUAACUGAAACAAAAUGAAAGACAAAGUAUGAUGAGCGCCGUCAAAAAUCUUUUCCGGUUUUGCAAAUCGAGAGUCAUUGCCGAUUUAUAAUCUAUUUCGCGAGGCGGGAACAUACGAGCAAGAAAGUUUUUUAAUACUGGGCCGUGCCCAGCCGCAGGUUACGAUGAUAUUGCCCUGCAGUGUAGAAAUUUUAAAGUGUCAUUAAUUGUUAUUAAGAUUAAUAUUAAUAAUAAAAGAAAAGAGAGCAACAUCGCGUACGGCGUUCAACUGGCGAUAGAGAGGAUGAAGCGCUUUGACAUUUUUUUCCUUCGAUCGCAAAUGUGUCGCUCAUCAUUGUAUACUCUGCGGGGAAUACUCACAUAUGAAAAUCAUAAUAAAAUCCUAUUCAAAAAACAUGAGAACAAAAGACACGAAUACGAGGAAAAGAUGAAAACGGUGGCAGCCUCCCGUACACUACACUACUUACUACAUACUGUCAGAGAAGUAUGGAUAAAAAGCGAGAAAGAGUAAAUGUGGCAAGAUUUGAUUGGCGAAGAUUUUUACUGAAACAAACAAAACAAACAAACAAAACGGAUCGACGGACGCGAGAUAGCUUGUGUGUGAUUGUACGUUUGAAUGUUAAAUUUGAAUAUAUGGAUUAGUACGAAAGUGAGAAAGCAAGGUUAAGAAUUUGAUGCGGCAAUGGCCAACAGCUAUACGACCGAAGUAUGCUCGAAUAAACGCAAUGAACAAAAUACUAUAAGCCAUUACAACACGGAAAUAAGACUCAAUUGGGAACAUGUCAAUGGUAUAUUAUUAUAUACUCUUAAGCAUGCGUUUUUGGUAACUAUAGAAAAUUUUAUAUGUGGGCGAAAAAAACUAUAACGUUGCUUUUGCGAUUUUCGGUUUUCGCUACUUUUUUACUCAAUGUGUAAUCAAUGACAAGACUGCAGGUGCAAACUCUUCCAUGCGAAACAUAAUAAACAACAAUAAAAAAGUGAGCCUACAUGCUGCGAGUACACGAAAUCAUUCAUUAUAACAUAUGCACAUCAUUUAUGAGAAAAAAAAUUAGAUAAACAUAGAAUAAACUCGAGCAGUGUAAGUGAUGUAUAAUCUAGAUAAUAGGGUAUGCGUUUCUGUAAAUUCAGCGUCUAUUCAACAGAUCAAAAAUCAAUACAAGAAUCUGUCACUUUUUACAUAAAAAGUCCAUCGUAAUCUCCUUUUGAUAAGCAUUGUCGAUUUACAGUCAAAAUAAAUAUUCUGCAUGAAAAUACAAAAUAAUGCGAAAAAAUUUUAAUACUGCCAACCGAAACAAAACGUUUUCAUACCACAUUUCUACGUUUAUACGAUCUCUUAAAGUGAAGUGAUAUUUGAAACUAAAUAACCAUUAACGAGGAACUUUUUCAUUAAAGCCAUAGUGUAGAGAUCAAUAUAAUAAAUAAAAAAUGAAUUAACAAUAUUAGAAUGAGAUAAAAAGAAAAAAAACCAUAAAAUUGCAUAUACGCUUUAUACGUAUAUGCUCCCCAUCUGAAUUGGAAUAUAAAAAAAUAAUAAAAUUCUAAGUGUUGGAGAGCGAGAGAAGAAAAGAAAGAAAGUGGAAGAGUCUGCGGUCGUAAACGUCCGCAAGAGCGGCAUUGGUUUUAAAAUCGAUAUAUUAUUAAUUAGUAAGGCAAGCCAGCGAGAGAAAGGAGAAUGCAAGAGUGAGAGAGUCAGAUUGAGAAAAAGUGAGAGAGAGAGAAAGCGCGCGAGUAAGUAAGAGUAAGAGGAGUUAAAAUUUAAAAAAUUGUAUAGUAAACCUUAUUCGUAAUGGGAAUUUAAACAUUGUCUGUAAUAAUAUUUACAACGAAAUUCACCGUUUCCUCUCGAGACGAUUUUAAAGCUCAGCGACGAGAGCGAAUUAUUUUCAUUUGCGCACCUUUAUCGCCGUUACGGACGAGUAAUAUCGUCUUUGAGAAUUUUUCUUAACCAGCGAAAUGAUUAGAGAUUGCAUGCAAAUUUAGCGUCGAAAGCCAAAAUCAUCCAAUCGCAGCAUUCGCCAGUGAAAAUUUUCAAAAACGAUAAACGCAGUCCGCAGUAUCUUUGAUCAGCAGUUAUAAUAGUAACUAAAAUAUUCUACCUUUAUCUAUAACCUAUAAUAAACUGUGAAACAAGUGUA